GAGGCGGCGGCGGCGAGACAGGGUAACCGAGACCCACUGUGAGGAAGUGACUUUCACCUCCUCUGGAUGGGGCAGAGCUCAUAUGCAUGGAACUUUCAUUUUUGGACCUGCCUCCAGAACCCUGGGGAUUUCCACUAGAGUGGUGAUCACCCCCACCGAGAAUCCCAGACUGCUCAGAGGGCCCAGGGAAUACAGACGAGUCAGGGACUGGAGCUCUCUCUGCCCCUGGCCCUGGGGAGGAGGUGGAGGAAGCCAGCCGCAGCCUGAGGUCCCCCGACGGGAAACUCUGAACUACCGUCCCUGAAAGUCUGCGAUGCGGUUCUUCUCUCUGUCUGACUUGCUCUUCACCUCCCUCUCACUCGAAAGAAUGACUGGACGCUCCUGGAGCCUGCAGUCACCAUCCAGGGGAUUUUUUGCACCACAAAGGGUAAUUCCUGUCUCAUCCCUGCUGUGACUCAGCGGUGACGUCGAACCAUACAAGCCAGCGAGAAGAUAAAGGCAUCAGCCGCCCGCGUAUCAGAGCGGGUGGCCCAGCAGAGCGCACCGCUUCUCCCAGCACAGACCGCAGGGCUGGGCCCCUGCCCCGAGGAGCUUGGACCAGGCCCUCCACCCCCGGGCCCGCCUGGGACCCCAGGAUGGCCUCUGGCUCGGCCAGCAGCCCCCGCCCGGCCCCCGAUGAGAAUGAGUUCCCCUUUGGGUGCCCCCCCACCGCCUGCCAGGACCCCCCAGAGCCCGGGCCUGUCUGCUGCGCCGUCUGUCUCUCUGAGAACACGAGGAAUGGUGAGGAUCGGAUCUGUCCCAAAUGCAAAGGGGAAGACACCCCGUCUGAAAGUCCAGGAAGCCUUCUGUCUCAGGAGAAGGAUCACCCCGAGGUGGCUGAGGCUGGAGUUGGGUGCCCCUUUGCAGGUGUUGGCUGCUCCUUCAAGGGAAGCCCAAAGUUCAUGGAGGAGCAUGAGGUCACCUCCCAGGCCACCCACCUGAACCUGCUGUUGGGGUUCAUGAAGCAGUGGAAGGCCCAGCUGGGCUCUGGCCUGGGGUACGGGCCCAUGGCCCUGGAACGGAACCUGUCGGACCUGCAGCUGCAGGGGGCCGUGGAGGUGGCCGGGGACCUGGAGGUGGACUGCUACCGGGCCCCCUGCUCCGAGAGCCAGGAGGAACUGGCCCUGCAGCACUUCAUGAAGGAGAAGCUCCUGACGGAGCUGGAAGGGAAGCUAUGCGUGUUCGAGAACAUUGUGGCCGUCCUCAACAAGGAGGUGGAGGCCUCCCACCUGGCCCUGGCCGCCUCCAUCCACCAGAGCCAGCUGGACCGCGAACACAUCCUGAGGCUGGAGCAGAGGGUGCUGGAGUUGCAGCAGACCCUGGCCCAGAAGGACCAGGCCUUGGGCAAGCUGGAGCAGAGCCUGCGCCUGAUGGAGGAGGCCUCCUACGACGGCACCUUCCUGUGGAAGAUCACCAACGUCUCCCGACGUUGUCAUGAGUCGGCCUGCGGCAGGACCGUCAGCCUCUUCUCCCCAGCUUUCUACACCGCCAAGUACGGAUACAAGUUGUGCCUGCGGCUCUACCUGAACGGGGAUGGGACGGGGAAGAGGACCCACCUGUCCCUCUUCAUCGUGAUCAUGAGAGGGGAGUAUGAUGCUCUGCUGUCGUGGCCUUUCAGGAACAAGGUCACCUUCAUGCUGCUGGACCAGAACAACCGUGAGCACGCCAUCGACGCCUUCCGGCCCGACCUGAACUCAGCUUCCUUCCAGCGGCCCCAGAGUGAAACCAACGUGGCCAGCGGCUGCCCGCUCUUCUUCCCCCUCAACAAGCUGCAGUCGUCCAAGCACGCCUACGUGAAGGACGACACCAUGUUCCUCAAGUGCAUCGUGGAGACGAACACUUAGGGCUGGCAGGGCCCAGCCGUCCACGCCCGGGUCCUCGGGGAGACCAGCUUGGAAGGGGGUUCAGCACGAUGACCGCGGUCCCAGCUCUUUGUGCCCAAGACCCCAGGACAUGAUGAUGGGCCGGGGCUGGCAUCCCCUGAGCCCGGCUGACAGAUUGGCUGUCACCUUAGCGGCAGGACCUUGGAGCAGACUCACAAAGGCAGAAGGUGCGGAGGGAGGUGGUGCAGAACUGGUCCCCCAGCACUCACCACGCAGAACUGGAGGCCGGAGAACCACCCCAGCCCCGAACGUGGGAUGGACUCUGGCCCAGAGAGGGAGGGUGUGGGGGCCCGGCUGGGGCGUGAACGCUGAGCUGGAGAUGCGGGACCUCAGCCAAGGGCUCCGGGGAUGGGGAGGCCUCUGCGGGUCACCAUGGAGACCAUGCUUGCUGUCUUCCUGCUCGGGGGGUCAGAACUGCAACCAGGGGUGGAAGAGACGGAGCCCAGUGCAAUUUAGUCUGUCCCGGCCUGGACUGAGUUCCCCGGCACUGGAGGUGAACAAGCAACCGCAGAGGGCUAUGCUUUGGGGAGGGCAUCAAACGGGGGGUGGAUUUGAAGACCUUCGCGGUUCCUUCCAAGCCCAGAGCGUCUCUAACGCUCGGCCCCCAGGCCGCUGAGGCCAAGGGCUGCAGCAUUCGGGAGCCCCCUGCCCUCCAGGGUCCUGACUUGCCUUCAGCACCUUGAGGUGGGCGAGCUGGCCUGCAUGGCUCUGUCCCCGCUGGGCCUGGCAGCUGGCUUCCCCUCUAUGCAGAGCCACACACAGGCCCUGUGUCCUGCGCCUCCCCCAGCCAAAGGCCCCUCCGCCUCCUCCCGGGGAAACCAGGUCUCUGAGCUCCCAGGAGCAGCCGCAAGGAGCGUGGAGAAGGAUAGGGACCCACACUCCCCGUGCUGCCUGCCCGGGGGCCCCCACUUAGCCAUGUUCAGAACCCCAUGUCACCCGCUGAACCAAAGUAACCACAUCUCUAUUUGACGGGUCAGGACCUCUGAGCCACCCGCAGACGCUGUCCUUUUGUGUGUAUAAAGCCAAAGAAAGAACUGUUCUUUAA